AUGGUGUCCUUCCGCGGUGUACUUUUCGCCCAAGCCAGCCUGCUUCAGAGUGCCUUAGCUUGUGGUUUUCAUGCAGGUCUCUCUCCUACCGAAAAUCCCCUCCUCCGUCGUUCGGCAGUGCCGGAGCUUCCCACGAAGAAAAUCCUCAUUCAGAACGUCCGAGUCUUCGAUGGGCACGUCAUCUUGCCCCCUCGAGACAUUGUGAUUGACGAGAGCAUUAUUCGUAAUGACUCUACAGAUCCGGACGAGAUAAUCGACAGUCAUCACGGCUUUUUGAUUCCUGGCCUCAUCGACAGUCAUACGCACGUGCAGCAGAUUUCUCAUAUGGAGGAUCUCAGUCGCUACAGAGUCACGACUGCUUUCAACAUGAAUUGCAUGAACUUCACCAAUUGUGAAAUCUUCAAGUCUCAGGUCGGCCUUACAUCGAUCUUCACUGCCGGCGUGCCCAUCAUUGCACCAAACAGCGAUCACGCGAGAACAACCCCGAUCCCGAAGUCGAUGCUCGUCACUGAUGUGUCACAGGCUGAGUUGUACGUUGGCUGGGCCGUCGCAAACGGGUCUGACUUUAUGAAGAUCGUGAGUGAGGAGAACGGGCCGACGCAAGAGAUGCAGGAUGCUGCUGUCCAAGCCUCACACAGCCGCGGCAUCCAAUCCUCGACUCACGCAAGCUGGAGAAUACCCUAUCAGCAAGCCAUACAGUCCAAGACGGACAGUAUUCAUCAUAUCUUCGGGGAAUCCCUGCUUGCGAAAAGAUGGCUGCUCCGCAUGAAAGCCCAGGGCCAGUUCAGUGUGCCGACUCUGACGGUGAUGCGGUAUGUGAGCGAGAAUCCAAUCGCUAGGGAGUUCUUACACGGCACCGUCGAGACAAACCAGUCCUAUCCGAUCUACCGGGAGAAUGUCAAGAGACUACACGAAGCUAGAGUACCCGUUGUUGCAGGUACGGAUGCUGUCGGGUACGUCGAGGGCCUCUUUGACAUGCCACACGGGCUGAAGCUGCAUGAGGAACUCGAAAACCUAGUUGAGGCUGGAAUGAUGGAGAUUGAGGCAUUGCGCGCUGCGACAAGCUUGCCAGCAGAGCUGCGCAGUCUAUCCGAUCGUGGGGUCAUCGCUCCUGGAAGACGCCCAGACUUGAUUCUGCUGAAUAGCGAUCCGUUCGUCACUAUUAGCAACACCAAGGACAUCAACAAAGACUCGUUUUACUACCCCGGUACGGUUGAGAUUGAAGGCGACCGCAUUGCUAAGAUCUACCAUGGAAAUCCCAGCGCUGAAGUAUUGAGCGAUCCAUCCAUCACUGCUAUUGAUGGUACAGACAAACUCGUCAUGCCUGGCUUUGUCGACCUCCAUUUCCAUACAUCGGUGGCCAAGGGAUUUGGAGACGAGCUGCCUCUGAAGGAAUAUCUCGAGGAGGUCUGGUAUCCCAGCGUCCGAGCCCUGACCCCAGAACGCGCAUACAUCGGCGCGCUGCAUUCCUACUGCACCGCGAUCAAAUCCGGUACCACCACCGUAAACGACAUGUACCGUUUUGUCGGCUCGCUUGCAGAGGCCGCGGCAAAGAUUGGCAUUCGAGCUGUUCUCAGUAACGAAGUCGCCCUCCCAGAACAUAAGCUCGACCUCCUCGAAGAUAACGAACAGUCGUACCUACAACAUAAUGGAAAAGAGUCAGAUCGAAUUCGUGUCUGGCUUGGCCACGAGUGGAUGUGUACCUCCAACCUUGAGCUCAUGGCCAAAGUUGGAAAGAUGAAAAGUGAGCUCGGCACGGGACUGCACAUCCACUUGUGCGAGUCACAACAGGAGGUUGAGGACACUCGGGCCAAAUACGGAAGGACGCCGGUUGAGAUUGAGUAUGAGUCUGGAUGUCUGGGACCUGACACUGUUGCGGCGCAUUGCGUGCACUUGACCGAUAGAGACAUUGGUCUUCUUGCUGAGACUGGCACCUCUGUCUCCUACGACCCGGGCUCCAACGCAAAGCUUGGAAACGGGAUUGUCCGGCUGCAGAGCAAGAAAAAGGCGUCAAUUCCAGACAUGUUUGAGCUGAUGAAAUUUGGCUCGCUGAUCCAACGAGCUUUACACCAGGAUGCCUCCUUGGCGAAGCCCUACAAUAUCUUGCGCAUGGCGACAGGCAACGGCGCUAAAGCACUUGGAAUUGAUGCUGGUGUCAUCGCUCCCGGGAAAAAGGCCGAUCUCAUCGUCGUAGAUCUUACAAAGAACCAGAUGUUCACGCCUCUUCUGAAGGAUCCUCCGAAACGAAAGAUGAUGCUAGAAAGCCAUCUUGUAUUUGGGUGCAAUGGCUCAGCUGUUCAGCAUUCAAUAAUCUACGGCGUGCUAGUGAUGAAAGACUUUAAAAUGCUGGCUCUUGAUGAGGAGAAAUUGCGUCAGGACAUGGACGCCAUGCUUGAGGAGAUAUCGGAAGAUAUGAAGUUGCUUAUCGUUAAAUGA